AUGGAUCAAGCAAAGAGGAAAAGGACUGUGCAACGCGGUUCGUUUACGAAGGCCUUGAACAAUUUUAAUGAACAGUGUGCGUCUAUUUCUGAUUGGGAGAGCUUUACAGUGGCGUUUCAAGUUUUAGAAGAGAAAAUGCAUGAGUUAAACGCGACUACGAGCCUCAUUAUAGAUGCUCUGUUCGAUACGCCGUCGACGUCGGAGACUGAUUUGUGCAAGGAAUCUGAAGAUGCGGAUGAAUAUAGGAAUAAAUUUUUGACUGCAAAAUACCAGUUUAAUGAGCGGUUAAAAUCGAGAAGCUCAGCUGAUGCUCAGACAGCAUUGCCAGCGGGAGUAAAUGAGGCGAAGAAGACUUAUAAAUUGCCACGGAUUGAAUUGAUCAAGUUUAAUGGAGAAAUACGCGAGUGGUUGCCGUUUUGGAGUCGAUUCAAAAAGAUUCACGAAGACGCAGAUAUGGACAGAGAAGAUAAGUUUCAAUACCUAAUACAAGCUACAGUGCCCGGUUCGCGCGCCUCGGAAUUAGUGACAAGUUAUCCGCCAACUGGUGAAAAUUACGAAAAGGUUAUUGACAGUCUAAAAAAUAGAUUUGGGCGUGAAGAUUUGCAAAUAGAGGUGUAUGUGCGUGAAUUAUUACAGUUAGUCUUACAGAACGCGAUUUCGCCUACAAGGAAUAUGCAGCUAUCGACGUUGUAUGAUAAAAUCGAGUCUUAUUUGAGAGCUUUGGAAUCGCUGGGUGUUACUACGGACAAGUGUGCAGCAAUGCUGUUUCCGCUAGUCGAAUCUUCAUUACCUGAAGAGUUGCUACGAGCGUGGCAAAGGAGUAAUGCUGUUCAAUAUACAUUGGCGCCGCGUGCAGAUAACACGUCGACGCAAUCUCAAGAUCGAUUAACGCGGCUCAUAAAAUUUUUGGAAGCGGAAGUGCAAAACGAGCUGCGAAUUACGAUGGCGGUAAAAGGCUUUGAUUUAAAAGUGAGUGAUAACAGUGAGGCUAAUAGACAAAGGAAACCACGUACACAUCAUGAUCAUAAAGAAGUCCCCAGUGCGGCUGGACUGUUUGCUACGAAAGUUCGCGAAAACCUUUGUAUAUUUUGCGGAGGUAAAGAUCACGUUGGUGAUAACUGUUUCAAGGCGAAGAAAAUGAGUCUUUCAGAAAAACGGGAAAUGGUUAAGCGAAAGAAUGCUUGUUUUUACUGUUUGAAAAUUGGGCAUGGUGCUAAGAUGUGUCGCGUGUACGUAAAAUGUGGAAAGUGCUCGCGACGCCACGUUACAGUGAUGUGUCCUGCUGAGAGUUUUGAAGGUGAUAAGGGUAGUCCUCAAAAGACUGUGACGGACAAGGGCAACAUAUCGAAAGAGUGUAAUAUGGCUAGUGUUUGUAAUGAUCCGCAAGUUUAUUUACCAACGCUCCGUGCUAAAUUAAAGAGUGAAACGACUGAUCGCAUUGUAAGAGUUGUGGUGGAUACUGGUUCCCAAAAGUCGUACAUUACUAAGGAGGUUGCGGCUCAGGUAGCCUACGAGCCGAUUGCGGAGCAGCAAUUAAACCAUUCGUUGUUUGGCGGCACAAAGUCAGGCAUAAGGAAGCAUAAGAAGUAUUGGGUAAGACUGGUCAGUCUAGAUGACAGUUUUGCAUGUAAGUUUGCUGCUUUUGAUCAAGAUGUUAUUUGUGUUGACGUGCCCUUGGUUGAAAGAGACGAGUGGUGUAAUGAGCUGCAAGAAAAUAUUCACAUAUCAGAUUUGGGAAGCCACGAACAGUCAAUCAAUGUGCUUAUUGGAGCAGAUAUUGCAGGCAAAUUUUUAACGGGACAACAUCAGGUAUUGAGCUGUGGGAUGGUAGCUGUCGAAACUCGGCUCGGAUGGACUAUUAUGGGGAAAGUACUCGGAACUGAAAAUCGCCGGGACCCUGUCAUCACAGCUAUAUCGAUGUUCGUGAAAGAAGAAAAUGUUGCUGAUUUAUGGUCGCUUGAAGUCUUGGGGAUUAAGGAUCCCAUUCACGUUAAAACUCAGAAGGAACAGGAGGAAAGCAUGAAGCAAGAGUUUUUGAAAACGGUAACCAUAAACCCGGAUGGCCGAUACGAAGUGGAGUUGCCGUGGGUAGAAAACCAUCCAGCGUUGAGUGACAAUAAAACUGUCGCCGUGCGUCGCCUUCAGUCUACAAUAAAGAAGCUACAGUUGGACGGAAAAUUUGAAGCAUAUGACGGUGUUUUGGAGCAGUGGGUAGAAGAAGGAAUCGUCGAAUACGUGCCCAAGGAAGAAGAGGAACAAUGGGGGCAUUAUUUGCCGCAUCGAGCCGUCAUCAAGGAGGGAAGUACAACAGCGGUGAGGCCCGUUUUCGACGCCUCAGCCAGGGAAGGGCAGUUCCCCUCAUUAAAUGAAUGUCUACAAAAGGGUCCCAAUCUCAUCGAGCUGGUAACGUCAAUUUUACUGCGCUUCAGACAAGGUAGCAUUGGGGUAGUUUCAGACAUAACGAAAGCGUUCUUACAAAUAAGUUUACGGCCUAAGGAUAGAGAUUUUUUGCGUUUUCUAUGGGUAGACAAGGAAGGAAAAACGGUAAUAUUAAGGCAUUGUACAGUGGUUUUUGGUGUCUCCUGCAGUCCGUUUAUUCUCGGAGCGGUUAUCAAUAUGCAUUUGGAGAAAAUCAUAAAAUCGAUUGAAAAUGGUUCAGAUGUUUUACUUGAUCGCGAAAAUAUUGUGAAACUUGCUAGAAGUUAUUAUGUCGAUAAUUGUGUAACGAGUCUGAAUUCGAUAGAUCAUUUGAAUAAAUUCAUAGCGGAUUCAAGAAAAGCAAUGGAAUUAGCUAAUUUCGAUCUCCGUGGGUGGGAGUACAACGGUGAUGGUACUCCCAAAAGUCAAGUUGCUGUAUUAGGAAUUGUGUGGGAUAAACGGAAUGAUACUCUCUCUGUUAACGCAUCCGGAGUAGUAGACGUUGAUUUUGAAAAGGUUACGAAACGAAGUAUUUUGUCUUUAUCACAUAAAUUAUUUGACCCGUUGGGAUUUAUUUGCCCGGUGGUGCUCGCGCCGAGAUUGAUGCUACAAGAAACAUGGGCGAAAAAGUUAUCGUGGGAUGAGGAAGUUAGCAGCGAUAUUAAAAGUAAAUUUAUUAAAUGGAGUCGCGAAAUGGAAAAUUUAAAUGAAGUCCGUGUACAACGAUGUUUGCUGGGAAGGGUUAAUGAUGCAGAUAGAGUUACGUUGCACACCUUUUGUGAUGCUAGUAAGGUAGCCUAUGCCACGGUAGUAUUUAUUCGUAUUGAGCGUGAUUCAAGUGUUGCCGUUAGUUUUGUUCAAGCGAAGAAUCGGGUAGCCCCGGUAAAGGGGGAAGACGGUAAUUCGCGUCAUAGUAUCCCGCGACUGGAGUUAUUAGCAGCAACGAUAGGUGUCCGAUUAACAGACACGAUUAUAAAAGCGUUCAAUUUUAAAGAUAUUAAUGUUUUUUACUGGACCGACUCGUCAUCUGUAUUAGCCUGGAUUAAGAGACAAUGCAAUUGGGCGACCUUUGUUUGGAACCGGGUUGUAGAAAUAAGGAAAUUGUCAAAUCCGAAUCAAUGGAGACACGUGCCCGGGCAGUUUAACCCUGCAGAUUUACCGUCUAGGGGUUGUACGGUCAGCCAGCUUUUGUCAUCAAAAUGGUGGGAGGGUCCCGAUUGGCUGCGGUUGCCUAUGGAAUGCUGGUCCAGCGAAGACAUCACGUGCAAUGAUGAAGAAAUUAAUUUUGAAUUACGUAAAACCGCGAUCAAAACAUGCUCUGUAUUAAUUACGCUAGUUAAUAGCGAUAAAAAUGAUACGAGACCGUGGUACGAAAAAUAUUCGUCAUAUAAUAAAGUAAUUAGAAUACUCGCAUGGGUGAAAAGGUUUUAUUCGAAUUGUAAAGGCAAAAAUGAUUCACGGGAGUUAAAUGAACUGAGUGCUGAGGAAUUAAAACUCGCAGAGACAAACAUGCUUAGGUUAGUUCAGUCAGAAUGCUUCAGUGAGAAAGAUUAUGAAUACAUUAAACAUUUUAAACCAUUUAAAGAUGAGCAUGAUUUAAUUAGAAUAAGUUCAAAAGUAAUUUUGCGAGAAGACGCGUAUAAUUUUCGAUUUCCUAUCAUUUUGCCGGGAAAGCAUAAUAUAGUCUUUUUGAUUAUUAAGGAGAAACACGAAAGGUUAAAUCAUGCAGGUGUAGAAAUAACUUUAGGAGUAUUAAGGGAAAAUUUUUGGAUUAUUGGCGGAAGAAAGGUAGUGAGGUCGGUAAUCAAGAAGUGCAUUACCUGUCAAAGGUAUAACGCACAGUCGAUACAGUUAGCGCCGCCUCCCUUGCCACUCAAUCGAAUUCGAGAAGCAGCAGUCUUUGAAGUAAUUGGGGUUGAUUUUACUGGGCCCGUCUACCUGAAGAAGGGUCAAAAGGCCUGGAUCUGCCUAUUUACGUGUGCAGUUUAUAGAGCGGUACAUUUUGAGUUAGUCAACUCAUUGUCGACAGCUGGCUUCUUGAUGGCUUUGAGACGUCAUAUCGCGCGGCGUGGACGUCCUGCGGUCAUUUAUAGUGAUAACGGUACGAAUUUUGUAGGUUUAAAUAACAUGUUUAAACGCGUAGAUUUUGAAAAGUUAGCUAAAACCGUAGCAAUAGAGAAAAUACAGUGGAUUUUUAAUCCACCCACAGCCGCUUGGUGGGGAGGAUUCUGGGAGCGUUUGAAUGGUAUACUUAAGCGCUUACUAAGACGAACGCUAAAUAAAUCAUGUCUGGAUUAUGAAGAAAUGUUAACAGUACUUUUGGAUUGCGAGGCUAUAAUAAAUUGUAGGCCUAUAACUUUUAUGUCGGAAGAUGAUCAUGAUAUUGUACCACUUUCACCAUCUAUGUUUUUGCAAGAAAUUAAAGAAGUUGGCGUAAUAGACCUCGACAAAAUUGAAAAUUAUCAACUAAAUAAAAGAUAUGCAUAUAGGCAGCGGAUAAAAAACGAUUUGAGGCAAAGAUUUCGUUCUGAAUAUUUAGGAGCACUAGCUCAUCAAAAAUGUAAGAUUAAAAAUAAUCGUAAUAUUAGGAUUGGAGAUAUUGUUUUAAUCGGUAGCGACAAUUUAAAGCGAAUUGACUGGCCUUUAGCGCGAGUUAAGGAUAUUUUUAAAGGUAUAGACGACAAUGUUCGCGUGGUUCGAUUGAUGACUGCUACAGGAGAAUUGACAAGACCGAUACAAAGAGUUUAUCCGUUAGAAUUAAUGUAUGGUGAUAAUGAGCGAUUCAACGAGAAUAUAACGGAAGAGUGUAGUAAUAAUCAUAUUGUAGACGAACCUAACGAAACACAUACUGUGGAUAAGUUACGAGAGGAACGAACGACGAGGAGCGGGAGAACUGUAAAAAUUCCCGAGCGUUUAAAGUAUGAUAAAUUUUAG